GCCGCGGGUUGAGGGGCGGUUGCUAUGGAUUCCGGCUGACGCGCAGGCGCAGCAGUUCAGCUGCCAGCCGCGACCCUGAUUGAAGGGUUUGGACGCGUCGCUCCCGCAGACGGACAGCGGCCGCCUUCCGGACCAGAGGUGUUGUGUGCACAGGGACGCUUACAUCAGUCAGUUGUACGUGUUGCAGCUGAGCUGGUUUUGCAGUUAAUUUGGCUGCUGGCUGGCUAUGGGCGAUUGGAGAGUGAAAACCAUGCCAGUACCUGAACCAUCACCAGAGAGCAAAGAAUUUGUAUAUCAUUGCACAUCCAAAUCAAGAAUGUCUCCCUGCAAUGGGAUCUUUGAAUCAUCACCUCAAAACAGCAGUCAUAACUUGAGUUUGUUUUGCACAAAAGAGAAUGUAGAACAAUGCAUAGCUUACCUCAAUCAGGAACUUGCUACCUUGGGCUUUCCAUCUUUUUAUACAGAGGAGGCACAGGAAGAACUGAACCUGGUAGCCAUUUUAAAUUGUACAUACGAUCUUCUGCAACUUCACCGCAAGAAUCUUCGCACACUGGAGGACAUGGAAUCACAACAUCUGAAGUCCAGCAGUGAUAUGGACCAUUUGUACCACAGCCAAGUAAAACUGAAGGAUCAGCUGGAGUCCUCCCGGAGAGAGGUGGCAUCAUUUCAGGAGAAGGACAGACAGCUACAGUUGAAGAACCGAGCUUUGCACAAUUUACUGAAGAAUGAAAAGGAGGAGAUUCAAAAGUUGCAAAAUAUAAUCGCAAGCCGUGCAACUCAGUACAACCAUGACCUGAAGAGAAAGGAACGAGAAUACAACAAGCUGAAAGAACGCUUACACCAGCUUGUAAUGGACAAGAAAGACAAGAAGCUGUGCAUUGACAUCCUUAAUUAUGUGGGGCGUUCAGAUGGCCGACGGAGUGCUUGGCGAACUGGCAAAACAGAAGCCAGGAAUGAAGAGGAGAUGUACAAAGUCCUUAUCAAUAACUAUGAAAGACAUCAUAAAGAACUCAUGGUGGAAAACAUUGAACUGAAACAAGUUCUCCAACAGAUGAAGAAAGAAAUGAUGUCCAUACUUAAUCGUAGAAAGCAGAGGCCAAAAGAGCCACUGGAAGAUAGCAGUGGUAUACCCGGGUCAGACAAUGAAGAGGAUUCUCAUGAGUCAAAUAAGGAAAACAGUUUGGAGCUGUCGUGUGAUGAGGUGCGGGAACAACUGACAAACAGCAUUCGGCAACAGUGGAGAAUGCUGAAAAGCCAUGUGGAAAAAUUGGACUCACAAGCCACCUUGAAGUCCAGUUUUCUGAAAGAUGACGAAGUGAUCAGCAAAGAAGAUCAUGAGCAGGAAAUGGAGGAAUUGAAGGAUGAAAUUCAGCAGUGCCGGGAUGUGAUCAAAGCCCAACAACACUUGCUACAGCAACAGUUUAGUACACAGUGUGACGAUGAAACAGCUGUACUUUUGCGGGACUGCUACUUGCUGGAUGAAAAGGAACAGCUGAAAGAAGAGUGGAGAUUGUUUAAUGAGCAGAAAAAAAAUUUUGAGAAAGAGAGGAGGAACUUUACAGAAGCAGCCAUUAGACUCGGUCAUGAGAGGAAGGCCUUCGAGGAUGACCGAGCGAUGUGGUUGAAGCAACAGUUCUUGAACAUGACUCCUUUUGUGGAGAGCAAAAGGCCAAAAAUAAUGAAACCACACAGUGCCUUGUCUAUUAGUCCAGAACAAGAGAAACGCAGAGUACAGAUGCAGCCAAAUAUGCCAGCUUGCUUUGGAUCUAAUAGUACUACACAGGAAACUCCAAGAAAUACCAAAUUUCCUUCAUUGAAGAGUGCCACAACUGCAGAAUCUGGUAGAAAAGGAUGUCUCAGUCCAGGCUCGAGCUUGAGACACGUACCAAAAAGGAGUUCUGAAGUGACCAGGAGCAGUAACGGAAUCUCUCAUGAGAAGUGGAGGAGCCCCUCAAAGGCAGGCCCUGAUCUCUCACUUUUCAAAGGGUCCAUUUGGAACCAUUCUCAGGAUGAAGGGGACUCGGAUGAAAAUUUACUUCAAUCUGCAAAUGAACCCAGUCUCAAAUGACUGGUGGAAAAGUCUCAAAACUAUUAGUUCAGAUUCUGCAAUACGGUCCAGGGUCCUUGGAGUAAUGCACUUGCAUUUAUACCCAUCGUGGUGACAAUUGGACUACUAGAGCUUUCUUCAGGCAGCACUUUGUAUGUUGAGUGGCAACUGUUGUAGAUCAAGAAUCCCGGAUGACUUUUUAUGAACUUCCAUUGAUAUACUAGGUUUCCUUAAGUUGGGGCUGAAUUAUAGUUUUUGAUUAUUUCUGUUUUGCUAUUGAUUUUAUAUAGAGGCAUUUUUUAAUCUUCAAAAAAAAGCUUUUGAUUUUGAUUAGUUGAAGUAAUGUGAACCAUCACAACACUUGGGAUAGUAUCUGAGGCCUGAAGAAAUUUUGCACAUGUCAAACCAGUACUAUAGGCCACAGUUGCUCAACUUUAAUCAGGUCCUUGUAAAAUGUUCGGAGAGAAGUAUAAUGAAGUUUUUUAAGAUACAUAUUUAUAUAUUGAGGCUCUGUUUUAAAUGUAAUUUUUAGUCUUUGAAGGAUGGGAUAACAAUAAAUAUGUUCCCAGCA